CGGGUCCAGCGCCGGACGAGGCCCAGCCAGCCUCGGCCCGGCCCGGCUGUACAGCCAUCAGACCCCUGGAUCCGGAGCCCUAGGACUAGCCGUCCUAAUCUCCGCCGCACAGCUCGGGAUGGGGCUCGGCUCCGGGGUGCGCCGCCGCCCGUUCCCGGGGGCCGUCCGGGCCGCGAGGGUCUGAAGCGCGGCCGCCCGGGGAAGGGGGGCGUGUGGACGGCCAGGCGCGAGGGCUGAACCUCUGGGAGACCUUGGCGGGGCCGAUCUGGCUGGCCUAAAUGACGCGCAGAUGUUCUCCAGUCAGCAAACAUUCACUGAGUACCUUCUGUGUACAAGAUGAACAUCUGCAACAAGCCCUCCAACAAGACAGCCCCUGAGAAGAGUGUGUGGACAGCGCCCUCGCAGGCCAGCGGACCCUCCCCGGAGCUGCAGGGCCAGCGGUCACGCCGGAAUGGGUGGAGCUGGCCCCCUCACCCGCUCCAGAUUGUGGCCUGGCUGCUGUACCUCUUCUUCGCUGUGAUCGGCUUUGGGGUCCUUGUCCCCCUCCUGCCUCACAACUGGGUGCCCGCUGGCUAUGCUUGUAUGGGCGCCAUCUUUGCCGGCCACCUCGUGGUGCACCUGACUGCUGUCUCCAUCGAUCCAGCAGAUGCCAACGUACGGGACAAGAGCUACGCAGGGCCCCUGCCCAUCUUCAACCGCAGCCAACACGCACACGUCAUUGAAGACCUGCACUGCAAUUUGUGCGACGUGGAUGUGAGUGCUCGCUCUAAGCACUGCAGUGCCUGCAACAAGUGUGUGUGCGGCUUCGACCACCACUGCAAGUGGCUCAACAACUGUGUGGGCGAAAGGAACUACCGGCUCUUUCUACACAGUGUGGCAUCUGCUUUACUGGGUGUCCUACUCCUCGUGCUGGUGGCCACUUAUGUCUUCGUGGAGUUCUUUGUCAAUCCCAUGAGGCUGCGUACCAACCACCACUUUGAAGUCCUGAAGAACCACACCGAUGUGUGGUUCGUGUUCCUGCCUGCCGCCCCCGUGGAGACCCAGGCUCCUGCUAUCCUGGCCCUGGCUGCCCUGCUCAUCCUUCUGGGCCUGCUGUCCACAGCCCUGCUCGGCCACCUGCUCUGCUUCCACAUUUAUCUCAUGUGGCACAAGCUCACCACCUACGAGUACGUCGUGCAGCAUCGUCCACCACAGGAGGCAAGGGGGGCCCACAGGCAGCUCGAGUCAUGUCCCCCCAAGAUGCGGACCAUUCAGGGGACAGACUUCUACAUGCGGACCUUCAGCCACGUGCGUCCAGAGCCCCCUGGCCAGGCCAGGCCUGCUGCAGUGAAUGCCAAUUCCUCCCCAUUCCUUGCCACCAGCGGCCAAGAGGAGCCUCCACCACCCUCUUCCCCAGAGAUUCUCGCUCUGCCCCCUGGGAUCCGACCCCAGAAAAAGAGGAAGCCGGGGCCCCAGGCCCCGGGCCACCGCUCCAGCUCUUCGUCGGAUUCUGCCAGCGCUAGCCCGGUACACGCUGCCGGCCCUGCAGGCACCUACCACUCGGCGUCAGCCGAGUCCAUGGAUGAGAUUCCCGUGGCUCAGACGCGCCUGGGCAGCGCCGCCCUGGCGGUUCCUGGAGGCAGGGGCGGAGAACCCGGGCUGGCGCUGCAGACACUGCAGGCACAGCUGCCUGCUGUUUUCGUGAGUCCGAGCAGCGGGGAGCCCGGGGCACCGGGCGGCCCGGAGGCUGGCCUGGCUUAGCUGGGCCGAGAGGCAGGAGGGCUGAGGAGGAGCGGCCGGCCGGGCCGACCCGACUCUCUCUAUGCAACACCCCCACCCUCGCAGAACGAGUGCACUUUAGGAGCCCCUACUGCCGGCAGGAUCGGCCCCCCCGCCCCCACGACUCAGCAAUACCUGCCCCACUGGCCAUGAUGCUCCAAUAAACAUUUUUUAUGCUUUUGCGGACUUACUGCAAACUUUUUGAAUAGCAAGGGCCGUGGGCCCUCCUGGAAUUGGACCAUUGCCCGCCAGCCUAGGGGCCGAGGAUGGGGUGGGCCCCCUUAUAGUAUGCGGCCACCCAGAUUGUCAUAUGGAGGUGAACGAGGACCCAAGGUGCGCAGGCACAAAGCUCCUGGUUAGAAAAGAUCCUAGAAGGCUGCGUGGAGGAGGCUAUUUUUUUUUUUUUUAAGAUAAGCGUUUUCACUUGGAGACCAGAGGGGAAGCAGGCUUUGCGUGCGGGAGGCAGCAGAGAGCAGAGACCCGGGAGGUUCAGGAGCUUUAUCCUGGCGAAGGAUGAGCCGUUAGGUGUACCAGGAUGGUGGGACUGGGCACUCUUGAUUUGCCCAUUGUCCCCUCUCCCCAGUGCUCCUGAGUUGUGACCCGGGGAUGCCACACGUUAAUUGGAGAGCCAUGGUCUUGAGCCAGCUAUAGCCUCCACUACCCACUGGCGCCGAGGGAAGGGAUCCUCC